UAAACUGAAGAGGGAGGUGAUCUCUGCACUAAUACCAUUCUGCUCCUGACCAUCACUAUCUUCAUCAUUCUCUUCAACAUCAUCAUCAGCAGUCAUGAUCUCUCGUUCUCUCCUGCUGGUUCUGCUGGUUCUCACCUGCCUUCAGUCCUUCACAACGGCCAUCAAUGUAGAUGAACCAGAUGACUGCUGUUUCAGAUUUCUGACACAACGAAUCCCUGUAAGCUUCAUAACAGCGUAUAAAGUAACAGAUCCUAAGUGUACAAAACCUGGAGUCAUCUUUACUCUACAGAACGAUCGUCAUGUGUGUGCAGAUCCCAAAGACAUGUGGGUGAAGAUCAACAUGUACAGAGUUGACGAGCGUCUGUUUAACAGUCUGAACAACAAUGAAGGGAGUGCUUAAAUCCUCUCUCCAAGUAAUGAAUAAUUAUUUUACUAAAUGGACUUUUUACAUAAUCAGACAUUGACUGAAGCUUUUAGUUAUAAACUUAAAUAUAAUCUGAUUUAUUCUACAGACUGUUAACAUGAAUUCAUUUACUUUUAUUUACAUUUCUCUGCUUUAAAAGAAAAUCAUGUUUGUUGCAUUCAAACAUUUAACAA